AAGAUUCUAUGCCUACGCCUGAUGAAGUAAGCAUGCUAACAGCAAUUGCACUCUUCCUGUGGUCUGCUAGUAGUGAAAUAAUAGGAGUCCAGUCAUUACAGAAUGGCUGCAUGAACAGAUUUAAAAAUGCAUUAAAUUCAUGUGACCCAUGGGUUCAAGCCAAAUGUUACCAGCUUCUCCUCUCAGUCUUCCAACAUUCCAAUCGUGCCCUUGCAACUCCCUAUAUCCAUUCAUUAGCUCCAGUAGUGGUUGAAAAGCUAAAAGCUGUUGAAAGAAACAGACCAGCCAGUAACACAGAACUUUUAGCUGUUCAAGAAGGAAUCAAAGUUCUUGAAACAUUGGUUGCUCUUGGGGAAGAACAGAACAGAGUCCAAUUACUUGCUCUUUUAGUUCCCACUUUGAUCUCUUACCUGCUGGAUGAAAAUUCUUUUGCCUCAGCAAGUUCAGCUUCCAAAGAUCUUCAUGAGUUUGCACUCCAGAAUUUAAUGCAUAUUGGACCUCUGUAUCCACAUGCUUUCAAGACAGUAAUGGGGGCUGCUCCUGAGUUGAAAGUACGUUUAGAAACUGCUGUUCGAGCAAGCCAAGCUAGCAAAGCUAAAGCAGCUGCCAGGCAGCCAGCCCCUACCAUACAUUCUGCACCAACAAUUAAGCUAAAAACAAGUUUUUUUUAAUUUGUUCUUACAUUCAUUUUUAUGUGUAUUGUCAACUAGCAACUAAUUAGUGAUAACCACUGUAUCAUUCCAGACUGUAUGUUCAUUUUAUUUGUAUAUUGGUAUUAUCGUGGUUCCAAGUAGGUUAAGUGAAAAAUGCUCACACCACUUACUGAUUUUUAAGGAGUGAUCGCUUAUCAUGCGGUCAGUGUGUUUUCAUUUUCUUGCAAUAAUGUUUCUCUUUUAUUGUAUUAAUUUAUUUUUUAAACACUGAGCCAUAGUCUUUUAAAUUUUAAUGCUAAAAACAUAAUUGUAUCAUGUAGUUGGGUAGUGUAUAGAUAUUGUCAAGGAAAAAACAGGUCAAAAUUCAGCAUCUGUCAUGAAAUAACUCAAUUAAAACACGCAGAUUUUAAAUUUUGAAGUCACCAAAAUAAUGGAAAAUGUCUGUUUUGUGGUGUAUAUACUAUGAAUAAAAUCAGAACAUUUUCUUUUU